AUGAGUUCAGAAAAUUCAGAUUCGAGUGCCGGCAUGACUUUGUCGUUGGUGGCUCAAUUCGAUGAUAUAAAUCGGUUGAAUAGCAUCUUGAAUGACGGAGCUGCUGAGGAAUAUUUCCUUGCAUUCCUAAAACAAAUGGAAUGGGUGCGUGGGCAAUGGGCUGCUGCGGAAGCUGAAUCUGCUCGGCUACAGACAGAGUUAGAUGAAGCAUUACGUACACUUGCAAAAUGGGAGGCUAAAUUUGCACAUGUCAGAAAACUGCUUGAUGGAGAGAAGAGAGAAAGAAACAUUGUCUUGAAGAAGUAUAGUGAAUUGAGCAAACUGCUGGAUAUGGCACGUGAUCUUCUUUUCAAUGACAACCGUGCCAAGCUCAAUGAUGAAACACUACAGAAGCUGGCCUUUCUCAAUGGCACAGCUCAACAAGAUCACAAUGCUAAACUUAUUGGAGUCCCAGAACUGAAUUCUACUGGUACUCUUUUAUCAGAGAUGUCGUACUCCCGUUCGGAGGACGACUUAGACUUGUCGCUUGCGUCUACUCGCCGCUCGUGGGUGCAACGCGGAGGGUGGAAUGCUCGCGAAAAUGCUCCCGUCACCAAGAAGCGGCGAUCGUCUACUAAUUCUUCUGCCACUAAAACUGUGGAACUCCAAGGUGGUAAAGUGCUGGCCACUGCGACCACAACACUCACACUAGAGCGUGCACCUACCAGCCACGAUCUGAAACCUCCACAGAACUUCCAACCAAUAUCAGAGAGCAGUGACGAGGCUCCUCCUCCUCGUAAGUCGUCAGGUCGCUUGUCGGGCCGGGGGUCGCUACACGUGCCGGAGGAGUGCGCGCCCUCUGCACCACAGAGGACCGACACGUCGAGCGGGUGCGAGACGCCCCGCGCGGUCCCACAGCGCACCCCGUCCGUGGUGUCGGCCGGCUUCGGGGCCUCGCCGCGCGCUCGCCCGCGACAACACAACUUCGUCGCCAAGAACUUCUACAAGCGGGAGACCUGUGGCCCUUGCGGCAAGACCAUAAAGUUCGCGAAGCUGGGCGUGAAGUGCGAGUGGUGCCGUGCGCAGGCGCACCCCGAGUGCCGCGCGCUGCUGCCGCUGCCGUGCGUGCCGCCCGGGCCCGCCGCCAGGAGACUCAACGCGCCGCAGGCGCACCCCGAGUGCCGCGCGCUGCUGCCGCUGCCGUGCGUGCCGCCCGGGCCCGCCGCCAGGAGACUCAACGCGCCGCAGGCGCACCCCGAGUGCCGCGCGCUGCUGCCGCUGCCGUGCGUGCCGCCCGGGCCCGCCGCCAGGAGACUCAACGCGCCGCAGGCGCACCCCGAGUGCCGCGCGCUGCUGCCGCUGCCGUGCGUGCCGCCCGGGCCCGCCGCCAGGAGACUCAACGCGCCGCAGGCGCACCCCGAGUGCCGCGCGCUGCUGCCGCUGCCGUGCGUGCCGCCCGGGCCCGCCGCCAGGAGACUCAACGCGCCGCAGGCGCACCCCGAGUGCCGCGCGCUGCUGCCGCUGCCGUGCGUGCCGCCCGGGCCCGCCGCCAGGAGACUCAACGCGCCGCAGGCGCACCCCGAGUGCCGCGCGCUGCUGCCGCUGCCGUGCGUGCCGCCCGGGCCCGCCGCCAGGAGACUCAACGCGCCGCAGGCGCACCCCGAGUGCCGCGCGCUGCUGCCGCUGCCGUGCGUGCCGCCCGGGCCCGCCGCCAGGAGACUCAACGCGCCGCAGGCGCACCCCGAGUGCCGCGCGCUGCUGCCGCUGCCGUGCGUGCCGCCCGGGCCCGCCGCCAGGAGACUCAACGCGCCGCAGGCGCACCCCGAGUGCCGCGCGCUGCUGCCGCUGCCGUGCGUGCCGCCCGGGCCCGCCGCCAGGAGACUCAACGCGCCGCAGGCGCACCCCGAGUGCCGCGCGCUGCUGCCGCUGCCGUGCGUGCCGCCCGGGCCCGCCGCCAGGAGACUCAACGCGCCGCAGGCGCACCCCGAGUGCCGCGCGCUGCUGCCGCUGCCGUGCGUGCCGCCCGGGCCCGCCGCCAGGAGACUCAACGCGCCGCAGGCGCACCCCGAGUGCCGCGCGCUGCUGCCGCUGCCGUGCGUGCCGCCCGGGCCCGCCGCCAGGAGACUCAACGCGCCGCAGGCGCACCCCGAGUGCCGCGCGCUGCUGCCGCUGCCGUGCGUGCCGCCCGGGCCCGCCGCCAGGAGACUCAACGCGCCGCAGGCGCACCCCGAGUGCCGCGCGCUGCUGCCGCUGCCGUGCGUGCCGCCCGGGCCCGCCGCCAGGAGACUCAACGCGCCGCAGGCGCACCCCGAGUGCCGCGCGCUGCUGCCGCUGCCGUGCGUGCCGCCCGGGCCCGCCGCCAGGAGACUCAACGCGCCGCAGGCGCACCCCGAGUGCCGCGCGCUGCUGCCGCUGCCGUGCGUGCCGCCCGGGCCCGCCGCCAGGAGACUCAACGCGCCGCAGGCGCACCCCGAGUGCCGCGCGCUGCUGCCGCUGCCGUGCGUGCCGCCCGGGCCCGCCGCCAGGAGACUCAACGCGCCGCAGGCGCACCCCGAGUGCCGCGCGCUGCUGCCGCUGCCGUGCGUGCCGCCCGGGCCCGCCGCCAGGAGACUCAACGCGCCGCAGGCGCACCCCGAGUGCCGCGCGCUGCUGCCGCUGCCGUGCGUGCCGCCCGGGCCCGCCGCCAGGAGACUCAACGCGCCGCAGGCGCACCCCGAGUGCCGCGCGCUGCUGCCGCUGCCGUGCGUGCCGCCCGGGCCCGCCGCCAGGAGACUCAACGCGCCGCAGGCGCACCCCGAGUGCCGCGCGCUGCUGCCGCUGCCGUGCGUGCCGCCCGGGCCCGCCGCCAGGAGACUCAACGCGCCGCAGGCGCACCCCGAGUGCCGCGCGCUGCUGCCGCUGCCGUGCGUGCCGCCCGGGCCCGCCGCCAGGAGACUCAACGCGCCGCAGGCGCACCCCGAGUGCCGCGCGCUGCUGCCGCUGCCGUGCGUGCCGCCCGGGCCCGCCGCCAGGAGACUCAACGCGCCGCAGGCGCACCCCGAGUGCCGCGCGCUGCUGCCGCUGCCGUGCGUGCCGCCCGGGCCCGCCGCCAGGAGACUCAACGCGCCGCAGGUACAACCUACUGUCUACUAUCGACAUAAAGUUCGCGUAGCUGGGCGUGAAGUGCGAGUGGUGCCGUGCGCAGGCGCACCCCGAGUGCCGCGCGCUGCUGCCGCUGCCGUGCGUGCCGCCCGGGCCCGCCGCCAGGAGACUCAACGCGCCGCAGUCGUGUCGUAUGGGCAAGCAAUGACGGCGUCCAAAGCCGGAUCACCUCCCGCGCAGGCCCCGCCUGACUUUGCGUCGCCCGCAACUAGAAUAACCUAUCUCUUAAUAAAAGUUACAUCGGAAGGUUGCAUAUCGGACUACGCGCCGUCGACCCCCCCGAUGGUUCCGGCGCUACUGGUCCACUGUAUAAACGAGGUGGAGAAGAGGGGACUCAUGGAGAAGGGAAUAUACCGCAUCAGUGCCACUGACAAAGACGUAAAACGACUCAAGGAGCGGUUCCUGCGCGGGUGCGGGUCGCCGUCGCUGGGCGGCGAGGACGUGCACGUGCUGUGCGGCUGCAUCAAGGACUUCCUGCGGGGGCUCCGCGAGCCGCUGGUGACGAGCGCGCUGUGGGCCGACUUCCUGGAGGCGGCGCGCCUGGCCCAGCCCGACGCCACGGCUGCGCUCGUGCAGGCCGUCAGCCAGCUGCCGCAGCCCAACCGCGACUCGCUCGCCUUCCUCGUGCUGCACCUGCAGAAGGUAGCUGAAAGUCCCGAGUGUGAGAUGGGCAUAGACAAUUUGGCCAAAAUUUUCGGCCCCACGCUCAUCGGCUAUGGGCUCAUGUCGCAACCCACCGAGAUGUACAACGCGACAACACAGAUGUUUAGCGUGAUGCAGCUACUUCUCCGGUUGCCUGGCGACUACUGGUCCCAGUGGGCCUGCCCUAACGAGCCUGGCUCGCCGCUCACCACGACCAUGACGAGACCGCGAGGAUUUUUCUUCUCACCCGCUGAUACAGGUAUAUCAAGAAAGAAGAGAAACUACUUUCAGUGA